ACUGAGGGAACUGUGGGUUUUAACGUAUGUCAGAUUUCGAAGAUGGGGCGGGCUUAGUUGAGCGGGGUCUCCCUGGGGGCGCACAAGGGAAGCGGUUGGGAAUGAAUGAGCCGAGGCCCCGAGCCCGCGUUCCUGGCGGUGGCGCCCUAGCUCCAGCGCGGUGACAACAAGCGUUAAGGUAACAACCGCCGCCGCCGCCGCCGCCGCCAGAGGAUGGCUUCCAGCUUCAAGAAGUCAAACGUGGCCUCCACCAGCCAGAAAAGAAAGGUGGAACCUAAGCCCGAACUCACUGAAGAUCAGAAGCAAGAAAUUCGCGAAGCGUUUGCCCUCUUCGAUGCCGACGGCAGCGGCACCAUCGACGUGAAGGAGCUGAAGGUGGCCUUGAGGGCGCUGGGCUUUGAACCCAGGAAGGAGGAGAUGAAGAGGAUAAUCGCCGAGGUGGACAAGGAAAGCACAGGGAAAGUCAGCUUCAAUGACUUCUUGGCUGUGAUGACUCAGAAGAUGGCCGAGAAAGACACCAAGGAAGAAAUCCUGAAGGCUUUCAGGCUCUUUGAUGAUGAUGAAACCGGGAAGAUCUCUUUCAAAAACCUAAAGCGCGUGGCCACCGAGUUGGGGGAAAACCUCACUGAUGAGGAGCUGCAGGAAAUGAUUGACGAAGCAGAUCGGGAUGGAGACGGUGAAGUGAACGAGGAAGAGUUUCUUCGGAUCAUGAAAAAGACCAGCCUCUACUGAAGUCGGUUUCUCCCGCAAGCAUGUGUAGGGAGAUUGAGUUGACUUGCUGGGUUCCCUGUUUCUGUUUUGUGAAACCUUGAGGUAGAGGCCAGCACUGUCUCUCCUCUUACCCCCAGCUGGUCUAGAUAGUUCUAUUUCCAAAUCUCUAGCUCAAUUAUAGAAUUUUAAAGAUGCUUU